UCUUUUUAUUUCAAUAUCGAUUUAUUCUCAAUGCGGACAUGCUCCAGUCUCUUUAUGCUUUUCAAAAGGACAAUCGGUACUUCGCGAAGUGACUCGAAGCUGGCUGCAUACAUUCAGUCGUACCAACAUUCAUUUCUGUAUGAAGACACGUCGCGCAACGUAACCUCUUGUGCCGCGUAAGAUUCCGUACGAGUUAUUUACACCAAAGCCAUGGCAACGUUACGUAGAAUCUUAACAAUAAGUAUUCCACCUUAUCACGUUAUGUCAAUGAAGAACAAUGCGAGGUCAAUGAGUUUUCACAAACUAAAAAUAGCUCUUCGAAGCUUCUGGCGCUCGGACAAAGAUGCCCCCGUCUACGGUCACAUCUGUCAAGUUGGCGACCCAGUGCUACGCACGCAAGCUAUGCCGGUAGAACCGGAAAUCAUCUGCACGAAGGACUUUCAAGCGCUACUUGGACAUUUGAAAGACGUCAUGAAAUGGUACAACGCCGUGGGAUUGGCCGCGCCGCAGAUCGGACUUCCCUGGCAGAUAUUCGCAGUGGAAGUAACGAAGAGCCACCUCAAAAGUAUUCCCAAGGAAAUGAGGGAUGCUCAAGGCAUGGAGGAGAUACCUUUUCAAGUUUUUAUUAAUCCCACCUUAAGGGUCACGGACUAUACGGUGUUGCGAUUACCUGAACGCUGCGAAAGUAUUCGAGGCUAUUCCGCGGAUGUUCCGAGAUCAAAGGAAGUUGAGGUCACGGCUUUGACUGAGAAAGGAAAAUCUAUCACGUGGAUAGCUAAAGGCUGGUCCGCAAGAAUUGUACAACACGAGUAUGAUCACUUGCAGGGUAGAGUCUUCACCGAUAUCAUGGACCCGAAAACAUUUAAUUGCACUGCCUGGAACGCAAUUAACGGUUGUCGAGGUCGCAUCGAAUUAAAAUAUAUUCCGAAAUAGUAUUAAUGCCUAGAGAUCAUAUUUCUUGUGUAGUUUCUUUUGGGUAAUAAAAAAACGGCUGUCUUUAGAGACGCGCAGAGAGAUAUUUGUCAACUUGAGUGUACGGGGGAUUUGUUUGGGAGAGGUCAGGACAAUUUGCGCUAUUCUAAAAAAUAAGAUAUUUUUAUUGGUGCAUCUUCCAGGAUACAGUCAUAGCCGAUUAUACGAUAUUUGAACUACAGCUUAUGGAAUUUAUUCUGACGUAAUAUCAAUUUGACGAGCCGGGGAGAAGGGAGGGAAGGAAAAGAGGCUAAGGCAAUCGGAUAAGCACGAUAACGAUCGACGUGAAUUGAAAAUUAUUUUCUUUUUUUUUCUCUUUAAGACAGAAAAUCUUAAUUCUCAUUUUCUACGGAUAUUAAUGUUUAUCGAUAAUCAUCCCGUCGCCUUUGUCACUUCUCUCGAAUUGCCCAAUUACACAAAAAAUGCUUACGCGUAAUAUUGGUUAUAGUAAUUUCUUUUUUUUUCUUAUCAGAUUAAGAGAAUUAUGAUCGAUCAUUGUAAUAAAUACUUAGCGAAUUUAGUGAUUAAUCUUUACGUGUCUAACUUAGUCUACUUAUCAUUAACAUUUUCUCUCUCCUUUCUCCACUAAUCGUCAUAUCGUUAGAUCUCACGCGAUCCUCGCUCUCAUGCAUUGUAAUUAUUAAGUGCAUCGUGCCGAAUUAUACUGCAGAAAUGUUUCAUGAUUCUUCAUAACGUCCGUCAGCUCUCAGUGCUACAGGUAGGACGACGAGAGCAUUGCGUAACACGAUUAAUGAUAUUUUAACGUGAAAUAGCUAAAGUGUUAAAGUGUUUCUGCGUUUACUCAAUGUAUAAGGAUUCGAUAGAAAAUUCAUUUCAAUUCCAGGUUUCUCCUGUUGACUCGAUUUUUAUCUAUUAUAUAGUACUAUCUAUAGUACGAACUGUAAUGAAAUUAUCGAAAAUAGACGUUAACAUGUA